AUUUUCUUCCAUUUGUAUGUGAUGGUUGUUCAGGAAUAUUUUGCCUUGAACACAGAAGCAAGGACUCUCAUGGUUGCCCUGAGGUGAAUAUAAUCAAGGAGAGACCAAAGACAGAUGAACACAAAUCUUACUCGUGUUCAUUCAAGGACUGUCCUGAAGUAGAGCUGGUGGCAGUGAUAUGUCCUUAUUGUGAGAAGAACUUUUGCCUAAGACACCGUCAUCAGUCAGAUCAUGGGUGUGAAAAACUGGAGCUCCCAAAGCCUCGAAUGGCUGCCACACAGAAACUUGUCAAAGACAUUAUCGACUCCAAGACAGGAGGGGCAGUAAAUAAAGGAAGGAAGGGUGCAAAAACCAGCGGGACAGCCGCAAAGGUGGCUCUGAUGAAGCUAAAGAUGCAUGCUGACGGCGAUAAGUCACUGCCACAGACAGAAAGAAUUUACUUUCAGGUUUACUUACCAAAGGGGAGCAAAGAGAAGAGCAAAGCCAUGUUCUUCUGCCUCCGAUGGAGCAUUGGAAAGGUCGUGGACUUCGCAGCUUCUCUAGCCAGUCUUAGAAAUGAAAACAACAAGUUGACGGCGAAGCAGAAGCUGAGGCUGUGUCACAUCCCUUCAGGAGAAGCCCUGCCCUUGGACCACACUUUGGAAGCGUGGAUCAAUAAGGAGGACCACCCUUUGUAUAACGGAGGAAAUGUUAUUUUGGAGUAUCUUAACGAUGAAGAACAGUUUUUAAAAAAUGUUGACUCUUAUUUGGAAUAGUCACUCAAGGAUUAGAGUCAGAAUUUACAAGCAGAAAUCAUUCUAUAUAGAUAGUCAAUUUCUUUUACUACAGAUGCGUUUUUAAAACUCUAAAAGUUGCUUUAAAGUUUAACUGUGUAUUGGUAGUUAUGGCAAAGUAUUAUUUUUUUUACUGUUUCUGGAUUAUGCUGUAAAAAUAUCAGCAACUGGUCGUUUCUGUUAGGCCAGUGCCAGCUACUGACUGGCUGCUGUGGCACUC